GGACUGGCUGCCUGUUUGGAACGCGCCUUUACUUCAAAAGGGCGCAUAUUUUUUUUCUCCAAUGUCCACGUUUCACGCUGGACCUGGAGUGUUUCCUCUUUGCCCCUGGACAUGGGCGAGCUGGUUGCUAAAAGCAAGGCGUGGGUGCAGGAAUGACACAUGAAAAGAGAAAUCGAAUUCGAUGUCAGGAGUGAUCAUAUAAGGAAGAAUAAUUGUAAACGGGGGCAGGCAGGGGUUGGGUGUGAAUACGUGAGUCCCCACCCUUUUCGUCAGCGGUCACUCACCCUUGGACGCUAGAGCUUGUCUCAUUGAGAGAAGGAAUGUCGCUGGGGAAGGAGAACACUGGGCCGAGUGAGAGAAGGCCGGACCUCUAACCAGGAAGAGGCUGCCUCCGCCGGGCUGGGGAGAGGCUCAGAGCCGGGCUGCAGAUGGUAACAAAAAGUAAUCCAGAUGGGGUGCAGGUGCUGCAAAAUGAUACAAAGCUAUCUCUUCGACCCAGUUCAAGUGCCCUCCCCUGGUUAUGUCAACGAAGUAAACAGCUGCAAGUUAGAUGAAGACGACAGUGUUAAAUUAAAAGGCAGGCAGAGCUGCGAAGUGCUAGUGCCUAAAAGUGACCUUCAGAGCAAGGACUCAGUGAGGACCGCGAGCACAAGCGGGCAGGAUGCUCAGCCUGAGCCCUGCCGCCCACCCCAGGGACCUCUCCCUCACGGGGACCCAGCGGGGGGACCCUGUGCAGAGAAGCCUGGCAGUGCAGUCAAUGGCCUCGGCCCUGCUACUGCCCUGCAGCUCCCAGGGGAUCCCGAGCCCCCCCAGGGAGACGGGGGCUCCCAGGCCAGUAGGGCGAACAGGGUUCCCCAGAGUCAGCCUUUCCUUGAAGGAGACAACGCCAGGGCACCGGACUGCGUGCUGCUGGCCUUGGAGGAGACCCAGGUCAUGGGAGAUGGGGACUCCAGAGCGCCUUCCACUGCAGGACAUCCCCCCCGGGAAGUCCAGGACCACGGCCUCCGGAUACCCACCCCGGAUUACCCGCAGUUCGAUGGCCCAGCCGAAGACAGUGUUGACGGCAAAGAAAAGGAUUGUCUUUUCGAGAGCCCCAGUGAGGAGGAGCCCCAGGAGGGCACGUACCCGAGGGCAAGAGAGCAGGGCUUGGAUAUGCCGUUUUCAGUGAAGAGAAGCUGGGAUUCCUUAAACGAGGCCGUGGCAACCGAAAUUCUGAGUGCCUACUUUAAAGAAGAUCCUACUCAGGACGUGCCUGCGGUCGAUUCUAGAAAUGGGUGGCAGGAGGCCCCUGGCUCGCCUGGAGACAGGAGCGGGGAGCCAGCGGAAGAGGACGCGGAGGUGGCGGAAGCCCUUGCUGCCUUAGAAGCAGCUACGGCAGGGGAAGAGGUGGAUGAGGUGGAUUAGGGGAGGGGAUUUGCACAAGCAAAUAAACUCGUGUCGAGCCGAGCACGUGGGGAUGGAUGCAUUUGCUCCUUAGAUGCAAAGCUGACCAGGGCAGCCUCCCUGGGUGCAGCCUUACCCAAGGUGGUUGACACCCAGCAUCUGUCUGAUGACUAUGAGAUGCUGUUCCAGGCAGCUUGUUAAAUUCGGAGAGUCCCCCAGUCUAGGCAGGCGAUCACUCAGGACCCCAGAAUAAAACUCAGAAUGCGCCCUCCUGCUGAUGUCCACAGCAUGUGCAGAGACAUUCAACAGCCUUCGCCCCUGCCCUGCCCCGCCACAGAACAUCUGGUGCACGUGUUCUAGAGAAUGUGCUGAAAUCCUAGUGCUUAUUCCCAAGGGCAUAGAUUCACAGCACAUUCUGUUCCACUGUAAAUUCUUUAUCUUGCUUUUGAGAGCCAAACCUCAUAUCCAACCUGGGAAAGGUACCUACCCCAACUUAAAGUGCCUAAUGUAACCAUGGAGCAUGGCUUACCUUCAGGGACAAUCACCCAGGAAACUAAUAACUCACCACUUGUUGGACAGAGUUAAGCGCAGCAGCUUUCUAGGUGGAGCAGGCAUCUCCCCUAAGCAAAUGGUUAGUCAUUAGCAGUGAUAUCAGGACACCUUGACCUUAACUUUUUUACAUUAUUACUUUUUAAUUUCCUUUGGGACUGGGGAUUCUGGUCAAAAUAAUUCCUUAAGAGGCUGGUGUCUUGUUUGGGUUUUAAGUUCAUGAGAUUUGGAGCAGCAAAGAGAUAGAUGAAAUGUUUUACACCAUGUAAUGUCUGAUUGUGAUUAAAAUAUAACAACACCUG